AUGGCUGAACCUGAUACACUAGCAAGUCAUGAGCUUCGGCAUCAAGCAGAAUUCGCCAGAAAGGUAUUCGUACGUCUAGCUGGUUACGACUACUCUCUUGGACUCGUUAAUGCCCCAUCAAAUAUCCUCACCGAUCGACUGCGCUCGAAGAAAGAUCUCCUGGCUCAGUUGUGCUCUACCCUACUACCUCUACUACGGCAGCAAAUCGCCGGUCUCUCAGAAGCUCUGUGGGCUCCAAACACCUUGCAGGAAAAACCGGACCUCGUCGUGAUGCUCGUCUUGGAAAUCCAACCAAAACUAGAACUGACUUUGGAUCGAAUAAUUUGUGACAUCAAUGAUAUCAUUCCCGGACCAGUACCUGAACCGAAGCAAACAGAAGACCAGCACUUCAAACAGUUCAAAUCUUAUCGAAUUUUUGGCUUGGUCAACUCGAUCCGGAAAGAAAUGCAAAGCGAGCUCGCUGCAUUUUUUGCCGAUUGCGGUGAUAUCAUUCAUCAAAUACCCACGCCACUAGAGGAGCGCUACAUUCACUCAAGAAGUUCAUUGCCGGAUGAUACCCUCCGAUCGAUCGACGCAGCCAUCAGAUGGUCAGAAGGAUCUGAAUUGUAUGUCAUUUUUGAUCUUUGGGAAUCAAAAAUGCAAGUAAUGGACGAUCUAUUGGACGACAUCUCCGGUGUGAUUAAUUCAGAAUACCGACCGCGUACUCAACCACUCAUCCAGAUCGCUCAAUCGUUCAUACCUCUCAUCAAACUAUCGAAGUUGUUUUUCAAAAAGAUGACGUCAGAGAGAAUGGACAAACCCUUCUGUACAGAAAUGUCUUCUGAUCAACUCAACACAUUAGAAGAAUCGGUUAAAGAAAUCACAGAGCACAUCUUUUCUAUAGUCUGCGAGUUGGAAUCUUAUCAAGACAUCGAACCAUACCUUGCCGCAAGUUUGAGUGCACACGACCGUCGACCGAUCAACACAAAUCGCGUCAUACCCAGGAAAAGCGAAAGGACAAACGUGUUCGCGGACAUGACUGAAUCUGAUGCACCAGCAAGUCAUGAGCUUCGGCAUCAAGCAGAAUUCGCCAUAAAUGUAUUCGAACGUCUGACUGAUUACGACUACUCUCGUGGACUCGUUGAUACCCCAGCAAAUAUCUCUGUCGAGCGACUACGUUCGAAGAAUUAUCUCCUAGCUCACUUGCACUCUACCCUACUACCUCUCCUACGGCAGCAAAUCGGCGGUCUUUCAGAUGUUCUGCGGGCUCGAGGCAGCUUGCGAGAAAAACCGGACCUCGUCGUGACGCUCGUCCUGGAGAUCCAACCGAAACUAGAACUGACUUUGGAUCGAAUAAUUCGUGUCAUCAAUGAUGUCAUUCCCGGUCCGGUACUUGAACCAAAGCAAAAAGAAGACCAGCACCUCAAACAGUUCAAAUGUUAUAGAAUUUUCGGCUUGGUCAACUCGAUCCGGAAAGAAAUGCAAAGCGAGCUCGCUUCCUUUUUUGUCGAUUCCCGUCGGGUCCUUGAAAGACUCACGCUCCCAGUAGAACGCCAAGUUGCCCCACAAAAUCACCCCCACGUUGCCCUCCAAUCGAUCGACGCAGCCAUCAGAUGGGCAGAAGGGUCUGAAUUACCUAUCAUCCAUAAUCUUUGGCAAUCAAAUCUGGAAGAAGUCGAUGGCGCAUUGGAAGACUUGUUGGUCGUGGCCCAUCCAGCAAACAAAGGUCACACUCAACCGACCAUCCAGCUCGCCCAAUCGUUCAUACCGCUCCUCAGACUAUCGAAGUUGUUCUUCAAAAAGAUGGCAGCAGAGAGAAUAGACAGACAAAAGGGGACAUCAUUUACAGAAAUGUCUUCUCAUCAACUCACCUUGUUGGACAAAUCAGUUGACAAAAUCACACAACAUCUCUAUAAUUUAGUCUGCGAGUUGGAAGAUAACGCAGACAUUGGACCACCCCAUGCCGCAAGUUUGAGUGGUCAUGUCAAGAGCAUCAUAUAUCCUUUUCAUUCUUGUUUGUUCCUUGCAGACCUUUAUGUUGUACCUAUCUCCACAGAUACCAAGCUUGGUUUGUCUCUGAUCCACUUUAAAACUUGGUUUGUUACUUGGAACACUUUGUUCUUCCAAGCUACUCAUCAUGCUAUCAAAGCUUGUGAAGUUUAUAGACCAUGA